ACACCAUGUGGUUCCCUGUCACCCUUCUCCUACUGGCCGGCGUGGCCGUGGUCACAAGCUCAUCUGACCACAAGCAUGCCUGGGAAAUGGGAAACGAGUAUGAGUACCUUGUACGCAGUCGGACAGUGGCAGGCCUUGACAAGUUGAAAGAACAAUAUACUGGAGUUCAAAUAAAGGCUAAACUCAUCAUUCAAGUAAAAUCGCCAGAGAUAUUGCAAAUGAAGCUAUCCAAUCCACAGUAUGCUCGUCUACACACCACAUUAAUGGAUGGGCCGGAUACCGAACUCCCUGACAAUAUGCUGGAGUAUCUCGAGAUUCCAAUGUCAGGAAAGACAUUUGCGGCCACAUUGAAGCACGGAGUAAUCCGGAAUUUAUUAAUCGAUCGUAACGUUCCUACUUGGGAAUUGAAUCUCCUCAAGAGUAUCAUGAGCCAGCUGCAGAUUGACACGCAGGGCGAAAACGCGAUAAGAGUUAAGAGCGCCCAAGUUCCAAUGGACGAAAAUUCUUCCGUUAUGUUUACAGCCGUAGAAGAUUCUGUCGGUGGAAAGUGCGAGGUUCUAUACGAGAUCUCACCGUUGACCAAAGAUGCUUAUCUAGACAAGGUACCUCUUCCAAAUUUACGAGGUGAGGAAAAUUAUUACGAAGUUACGAAAUUGAAGAAUUACGAGAAAUGCAUGCAGCGACAAAUUUAUCAUUACGGCCUAGAAGAUCCAUUGCACCAUAAUCACGGAAAACUCUAUACACAGGAUAAAAUGUUUUCGGAAAUAUCUACGACUCAAAUGAUUCUCUCGGGCAAUUUGAGAGAAUUCACUAUUCAAUCCGUCGUGACGAACAAUCAAAUAUCCGUUAGACCUGGAAAAACUGAUCCUUUCAUUGGUAAUGUCUACAGUAUAUUAAAAUUAAAUUUAGUCAAAAUGAACAAACUAUCCAGCCUUCUACUUGGUCCACACGAAUUAAUCAACCUCGAGUCUACUGGAAACCUAAUAUAUACGUACAAUAAUCCAUUGUCUGACUCCGAGAACCCAAUGUUACCGAGCAUCAGUAUAAAUUCUGAGCAAAUGAGAUCAUCAGAGAGUUCUGAACGAAAUAUGGAUGACCAGGACAGCUCCGCUAGUAGCUCCAGCAGGGAGGAUCAUACUUUGUAUAAGAGUAAUAUUUCGCCUAUGAAAAUGGCAAUGUACAUGGUUCGAAGAAGUCCGCUGUUACCCGUCACAAACAUGGAUCGAAUCGAGGAUUUAAUUCAUGAAAUGGCUGUUACAGUAAAUUUAUCUAAUGACACGAAACUAAGUGUAACAGAAAGAUAUGUUUUCUUAAAGAACCUUGUUCGUACCAUGAACCUUAAGCAGAUUGGUGAAUUAGAAGAACGUGUAUCCCAUAAUCAUAGAAUUCAGGAUAAAGAUUAUAAGAAUAUUGUCUGGAGCAUCAUCCGGGAUGCUAUUACACAAGCCGGAACGAGACCUGCUUUGUUGACUAUUCAAAAUUGGUUAAAGAAUAAAAGAGUUGAAGGCUUAGAGGCGGCACGAAUUGUAUCUCAAAUUCCUAAACAUACUCAAGAACCAACAAAAGAAUAUGUCAGAACAUUCUAUGAAAUAUUGAUGGAUCCAUCCAUAUUGAACCAGACACCCUUAAAUAUGAUUGCACCAUUAGCAUUUGCCGAAAUACUCCGUAAAAGUUAUGUUGGUAUUUCCCAUCCGAUGCGUUUGGAGCGUAUGACUCUCAGGGAUAACAAUGAUAUAGUCAACCUUUAUAUUCCUUAUUUAGCUAGAGAACUGAAACAAAGCUUGAUAGAAAAUAACAGUUUAAAAACUCAAACAUAUAUUAUGGCACUUGGUAGAAUCGGCCAUCCGAUGAUUAUCUCGGUCUUGGAGCCGUACAUAGAAAAAACGGAGCCAGUAUCGCAGUUCCAACGUUGGCUCAUGGUAUCAUCCCUGGCCACCUUAGGCAUAUCGAAACCGAAAUUAGUUGGACCAAUUCUCUAUAAGCUCUACUUGAACGUACACGAAGAUCAUAAAAUACGUUGUAUGGCCAUACAUCGAUAUAUCAUGAGUAACCCACCUUUGAUUAAGUUGCAACGUAUAGCGAAAUCUACUCAUUACGAGUUGAACGAAAACUUAAACUCUAUUAUAAAAAGUACAAUAAAGAGUCUCGCUAUGACGAAACGACCGGAAUUGCAAGAUCUCGCUAUUAAGGCGCGCAGUGUCAGGCAUCUAUUAAAUCUGAGAGGGUUAGAUAAAUGGAAUUCGAUAGGUUACUACACGGACUUGGAUGUCGGCGGUAUUAGGGGACUUAAUCUGCAAACUGUUAUGGAUGACGAUAAUAUAAUACCCGCAUUUAUGCGCAUUGCCAUGAAUACUGCUUUCGAUUUCUACGGCUUAGCUACCAUGGAAGCUGAACAUGCGGUAUCGAGUGUCAGGCAGCUUUUGGAUCACUUGAACAUCGGGCUUAUGCAGAAUGAAGAAACAGAUCAAGAAAUGCACAAAUCACGCAUUGAGAAACUGAUGAGAGUACUUCAGCUUAAGACCAAACAACUGGACAAGUUGGAAGGACAUAUCUAUGUCAACACAAUAUUCGAAACUCUAUUCUAUCCCUAUGACGGUCGAACUCUUCAAAUGAUUUUCUCUCAGUUAAAAGAUUCCCUCAAGAGGGACCAACAAUGGGAUUCCGUUCUCUUCAAUAAUUACGAAACGACAUUAAGCUUCCCAACCGAAAGUGGCCUGCCGUUCAUGUAUACUUUGGAAUCACCAAUGAUUAUAAAACAGAAAGCUGAAAUGAAAAAUGAUGAACUUUCGCUUAUGAAAAGAACUGGGAUUAUCAGUAUGUAUAUGGCCAAUAAGGUUCAGAAGCAAUUCGGUUUUAUAGUACCUUUCGAGCAUCAACAUUACAUCGCUGGUAUUGAUGUCAAUCGAAUGAUGCAAUUACCAUUACAAUAUGAGAUCGAACUCGAUUCAAGCCAAAAACUUAGUCUCGGUAGGUUGAAGAUUCGUCCAUUACCACAAACUCAAAUGUCUCCGAUGACUGUGUUGCAUCUCAGCACCAUUCCCUUUACCACGCGACAAAAUCAUCUUGAUCUUCAACCUCUAUCUCUUAGUAAAAACACGCAUCUUGUACUAAUAGACAAAAAACAUAAAACUCUAUUAGACAAAGAUUUAAUUUCUAUCCGAUUAGAAUCUGAUGACAAAGAAAUAGAAGAAUUUUCUAAAAAAAGUGAUAUUACACAAAUGAUAUUAGAGCUCUUGAUUAAAUUACGAGCGAUACCUAGCGGCCAAUAUCGAAAGUUGGAUAUUUUAAUGAAUCCUGAACAGUUAGUAAAGAGUAUAUUACAGGUAAACAUUAUUCAUGAGAAAAUGGCAAUUGAUACUAAAUUACUAUUACCAGAAGAACUAUCAUUAGCAGAUUCACCCAUUAUGAUUCCUUUAAAAAAUGUGAAGCCAAAUAGUGAAAAGAGACGAAAGGAGAUUAUGACAGGUCUCAGCAGAGGCCUUAACUCGGGUGAUGUUCAUGUAUUGGAUAUAAAUUUGAACUUACCGGCGCUACAAAAACAUCAAAUUAUCACCAUUGGUUGGGUGGAUAGCAACGUAGACAAGAAGUCUAAAGCUUAUAUGUAUUGGAAUUCUCAAAUGUCGAUGAAGGAAAAACCGUUAUCUGAAAUUUGCUACAUGCAUGAAAUGCAAGAUUCAACGGAUACUCCUCUGAAUUUCGAACGCAUGAUGAAACACGCGCCGAAAAGUAAGAUCAGAGCUGAAUUGCAAUAUGGAGAGAAUUGCCAUACAGGAAACAAACUUGUUAUUGACGCGAGCAUGUCAAGAAGUGACCUAAUGAAGGAUUUAUUGGAGAAUUCCAGAAUAGUCAAGCAAUGUUGGGAAGACAUUCGAAAGGGGCGUAAUGUACUGCAGGCUUGCCAGCAGGCCAUUGAACUUGCUCGAGUGAAGAAUCAGGCGGACAUUUCAGUUCGGGGUUCAAUAAUUGAUUAUAUCGAAAAAAUGAUUGAAAAGAUUGCUGACUUUUUAUCACAUCUCUUGCCACACUCACGUAUAAAACUAACAAACCCGAAAGAUUCUGAUACAAGCACUUACGAUAUAAAAAUGACUAUGUCACCUCUGGAUGUAGUCCCGCCGGCUUACUUAGACUCUCCGCGAGAUGUUACUGUACCCAACAUGGAGCACACAAAUUUCGAAAUGCAAGAGUUAUUAAAGGAAAAUGCCAUGCUUCGUAAAGAAGAAAAAAGAGCUUCGUGUACCAUUGAUAAAAACAUGAUCCUUACUUUCGAUAAGCUGCUUUAUCCUGUGACAUUGGGAACUUGUAAGCACGUGCUGAUGACCACUUAUCCGCAAAGGGAUCCUGAUAUUCCAAGAAAUAAGACAAAUAUGGGUGUACUUGCCUUACUUCGUGAUGUCGAUGGUACCAAAUACGUCGAUCUAUUGAUGGAGAUGCAUGAAAUUAGUUUGAAGAAAAUAAACGAUGAUUUUAACGUUGAAAUCGACGGGAAUGAAAUCACUCUGCUGCUGGAUAAAAGCUAUCGACUACGCGAAAAUGACGAGACAAUUCUCGAAAUUAUCAAGCUACCCGACCAUUCGGUCGAAAUAUUUUCGGACAAAUCUGAUAUCAGAAUACUCUAUGACGGAGAACGUAUUCAACUAUUGGUAACCGAUAAAUAUCGCAAUGCCCUACGCGGUCUCUGUGGCAACUAUGACUCCAAUCCCAGCACCGAUUUCCUCACUCCUCAGAAUUGCCUCGUAAAGAUACCCGAAGUAUUCACCGCUACAUACGCCUUGACUGAGGAAGAUUGCCCUCAAAAAUACAUUAUGGAUAACAAACAAAAAGCCGAACUUAUGCAGUGCCAACAAUUGCCAAUGCAGCAAUGGAACAACGUUAUUAACGAUGUAGAAGCAGGAAGAAUACCGUCAUAUGAACAUUGGGGCUAUCAUCACAAUAAUCUCAAGAGAAAACUAAACCUCAAUAAUGAUAAACCAUAUAGUCUCGAGAAACAUGAUUUACCAGCCGAGAACAACAUUGUCUAUCGCACAAAAGUUAUUUUAGAAGACGAAAAUAUCUGUUUCACAAGCAAACCUAUACCAGUAUGUCUUGAGGGUACCAGGCCUAUGGAAAGAACGACGAGGAAGUAUGACCUCUAUUGUCAACCAAGGAACGAGGAAUCUCUAAUAAUGAAACGCAGGAUCGAGCAAGGCGCUAAUCCAGAUUUUACCCGAAAACCUAUUACUAGGUUACACACUUUCCAAGUUCCUGUCGUUUGCAACGCGUAAUUUGAUAAUAUCGAAAUGAUAUGACGACCAUGUAUACUUAAUUAAAACGACCUCUUUUUUAGUUUUUCUUUUUUUAGA